AUGGACACUGACGAUCUGUUCAAUGCGUUGGAUGAAACGCCCGACGAACACACGGCAAGGAGCUCGUCAACAAAGGACAUCUACGAUGAGAGGUUCACGAAUCACCAAUCCUAUCAGCAAUCGAUUCAAGUUCACCUCAUUGAAACGCAAAACGAAAAUUGCUUCCAUGAAGUAGCUGUGCCACCAAAUAUUCGGUACGAGCCAUUGCGGAUGAUGAACGUCGAACCAGCAAAAACGUAUCCGUUUCAAUUAGACGCCUUUCAAAAAGAAGCCAUUCAAUGCAUCGAGAAUAAUCAAUCGGUGCUUGUCUCGGCUCACACAUCAGCAGGAAAGACGGUCGUCGCUUUGUAUGCAAUAGCACAAAGUCUUCGUGAGAAACAAAGAGUCAUCUACACGUCUCCAAUCAAAGCCUUAUCGAAUCAAAAGUUUCGAGAGCUUGAAGAAGAGUUUAAAGAUGUCGGAUUGAUGACAGGAGAUGUAACGUUGAAUCCGGAUGCUUCUUGCUUGGUGAUGACAACAGAAAUUCUACGAUCUAUGCUUUACAAAGGAUCCGAGGUGGCUCGUGAAGUUGGUUGGGUUGUGUUCGACGAGAUUCACUACAUGAGGGAUAAAGAACGCGGUGUCGUUUGGGAAGAGGCGAUCAUCAUGCUGCAACACAAUAUCAACUGCGUUUUUCUCUCGGCCACCAUUCCAAAUGCUCGACAAUUCGCUGAAUGGAUUGCGUUUUUGAAGCACAAACCGGUGCACGUCGUGUACACAGAUUAUCGGCCAACUCCGUUAAUGCAUUUAAUCUACCCAGCUGGUGGCGAGGGACUUUACGAAGUGGUGAACACAAAGGGAGAAUUCCGUGAAGAUCUUUUCCAAGCGGCCAUGGCUUGUAUUGAAUCGACGGGAGACAAGGGAAAGCCAGAAAGAGGCAAGAAAGGAGGAGUAAAAGCUGGAGCCGAGUCGAAUGUGAACAAAAUUGUGCGUUCGCUGAGGGAGCGGGACCUCGUGCCGUGCAUCGUUUUUUCCUUUUCGCGCAAAGAAUGUGAAGCCUACGCUUUAGCUCUGAAAGAUAUGGAUUUCAACGACGCCACUGAAAAGCAUGCUAUCAUUGAGAUUUACAAGAACGCUGGCGAGCUGCUAUCAGAUGAAGAUAAGAAGCUACCACAAAUCGGACAAAUGCUCCCUCUACUCUUGAGGGGAAUCGGUGUCCAUCACUCGGGUCUGCUGCCGCUCAUUAAGGAGAUUGUCGAAAUUCUCUUCGGUGAAGGACUUUUGAAGGUGCUCUUUGCGACAGAAACAUUCUCGAUGGGGCUUAACAUGCCGGCGAGAACCGUUGUCUUCACAUCAGGCCGGAAAUUUGAUGGAAAAGAUUUUCGAUGGCUCACUUCUGGAGAGUAUAUUCAAAUGUCGGGACGAGCUGGCCGACGUGGCUUGGAUAAACAAGGUCACGUGAUUAUGAUGAUUGAUCAACAAAUGACUACUGAAAAUGCUCGACAAAUUAUCAAGGGAGCGACCGAUCCACUGAAUUCUCAAUUUCGGCUGACUUAUAACAUGGUGUUGAAUUUGUUGCGCGUUGAGGGAGUGAACCCGGAGUUCAUGCUCGAACGAAGCUUCUAUCAAUUCCAGAAUAACGCCAACAUUCCAAUUUUGCUACAAAAGUUUGAAACCGCCACAAGAGAGCUCGAGGGCAUGCACGUCGAAAAGGAGAGCUUGAUCGGCGGCUUUUUCGAAUUGGAGAAUUCAAUAAACAAGCUGAAGGAAGAAUGCAGGGCAACGGUGAUGCAAGCAAAGCAUAUUGUUCCUUAUCUACACGCUGGACGGUUAAUGCAUAUGAAAGCUCUAGGGCACGACUUUGGUUGGGGCCCCAUGAUCAAUUUUCAUCGAAAGAUCAACCCUGAGGACAAGAGUCAAAUGAUUUUUGUGAUUGAGGUUUUCUUGUGCAUCUCCCCAGAGUCGCUCACCUACAUCGACAAUGUUUCCAUGUUACGACCACCAACUCCAGGCGAAAAGGGUUGUUGGGAAGUCCUGCCGAUGACCAUUGACUGCAUCCACAAUAUGUCAGCUGUGCGGGUGAAACUGCCAGAGAAAUUGAAGGACGAAUUGGAAAAGACGAUUGUGGGAAAGCUUGUCAAGGAAUGCGAGAAAAGAUUCUUCGGACAGAUGCCCAAAUUGGAUCCGAUUCGUGACAUGAAAAUUGACGAUCCGAAAUUGAAGUCAAAUCUCGAGAAGCUGAAGACUUUGGAUAGCCUUUAUGAUUCGCACGAGUUGAGAUGUCGAAAGGAUUUUGAUGAGCUUUGUGCACAAUGGAAAGCAAAGGAGGCGAAAAGAACCGAGAUGAACAAUUACCGCAAGGAGCUGGAGAAAGCGAAGAAAGGAUUGUGGCAAUCUGUGGAGCUUGACCAUAGAAAACGUGUGCUACAAAGGCUUCAAUAUUGUGAUCAAGGAGAUAUCGUGCUUGAUAAGGGUCGCGUUGCUUGUGAGUUCUCCGCUUCCGAUGAGCUAUUGUUGACGGAGAUGAUGUUUGCUGGUGUGUUCGCUUCGUUGACCGCCGAAGAAAUUGCCUCACUUCUUUCGUGCUUUGUCUUUCAGGAAACAGCCCCAGUACCAAAGAUGGCGGAAAACUUGUCGGGAUGCUUGCGCCAGAUUCAGGAACACGCUCGCAGAAUUGCCAAGGUCUCAAAUGAGUGCAAGAUCGAAGUGGACGAGGAUCUGUAUGUGGACUCGUUCAAGCCCGGUUUGAUGGAGGUUGUUCACGAAUGGGCACUCGGGAAAUCAUUCAAGGAUGUGGUGGAGAAAACGGACGUUUUUGAAGGAUCGAUUAUCCGGUGCUUGCGUCGUUUGGAGGAGGCGACUCGUGAGGUGACAGCCGCCGCGCAGAAUAUGGGAAAUCUUGAACUCGCCGAGAAGUUCGCAUUGGCCCGAUCUUUGAUCAAGAGGGAUAUCCGAAUAGUACGAAUUUUACUUUUUGUGGAUGUUGACUCAGAGUUUGAGCCGUUUUCCUCGAUUUCCAAUCUCGUCAAAGACGCGCAACCGGUGACAACGCUGAGCGAACAGUGCAAAAGAUUCCUGGGGCAUUAUAGGUAUUACUGUCGAAAGUCGAACAUUGCUGUUUACAAUGAAGAAGUGCGAAUCAUUUGCGCGCGUUAUCGGGCCUAUUGCUCGGAUCGAGUCUAUCCGAGUAUCAAUCAUAUCCGCCGUCAAGUGGUGAUGUGGGAACAGGCGGGAAUCCCGAAGAAAUAUGUGAACAAUUUGAAGAGAUGUUUUAAGGGAUGUCGACAAACGGAGUCGGCUUGUGUGAACGCGUGCGAGUGUAUCCAUAUGCAAUGGAUUUUCGAUCCCGAAUGCUCGCCCGGGAUCAAAGCCCCUGCGGCGCCGAAUUGUCAACGUUGGUAUCAAAAGUGUCGCGGCGUUUGGGCACCGUUGCCCGACUACACCCCGGCCAAGUACUCGGAAAUGGCUCCGCCACCGCUUGUGCGCGGCAUUUUCUAUGGAUACGAGCCGCUAGAAACCCGCAAAACGUUCGAUCAUCCACGGGAUCACGGGGUCUCCUUCUGGCGAGGCACACAAACGACCCUUGUCGAUUGGCCCGAAGGGAAAUUCGCCUACGCAAACACCUACGAGGUUCCAUCGGCGGGAGUGAACGUCGCCGUGCCACAAGUGAACAUCGGAUUCCCGAGUCUCCAGCAAACACUCCGACAAUACACAAAGGGAAAUCCCGAUCCGCUCAACCCGGGCACGGGACGGCGAUAU